AUGUCAAUAGUCACAGUCCAGCUUGGUCAGUGUGGUAAUCAGAUUGGUCAUGAGGUGUUUAAUGCUAUCUGCAGUGACAUCCAUGGCACACAUGGGUUGUGUUCCAAGAAGGAGAAUGAAUCCUACCAUGAUGCUUGCAAAGAACGUUUUUUCUGCGAGGAGGAAUCUGAAGGUACAGCAUUUAAGGUACCUGUUGCCCGGGCUGUGCUUGUUGACAUGGAACCUAAAGUAAUCAGCCAAACCUUAUCGCUGGCUGCCAGGUCUGGCUACUGGAAAUACAAUGACCGGUCACACUUCUGUCAGAAGCAAGGGUCUGGGAACAACUGGGCAAAUGGUUAUUCUGUUCACGGGCCUAGACACAAAGAAGUAAUAAUGAAUCUGGUGCAAAAAGAAGCAGAGAAAUGUGAUCGACUCGGUGGAUUUUUCACAAUAAUGAGCAUGGCUGGUGGUACAGGAUCUGGCUUGGGAGCAUUUGUGACCCAGUGUUUAAGAGAUGCUUUUCCAACCUCAUUUAUACUGAACCAUGUUAUCUGGCCCUACAGCACUGGUGAGGUCAUUGUUCAAAACUACAACUCUGUUUUGACUCUGUCACAUCUGUACCAGUCAUCAGAUGCCCUUCUUGUUCAUGAAAAUGAUGUCAUCCACAAGAUCUGUGCUCAGCUGAUGAAUAUUAAACAAAUCUCCUUCAGGGAUGUAAAUCAAGUCAUUGCACAUCAACUGGGGAGUGUUUUCCAGCCCACUUACACAGCAGAAGGUGGCUUACACUAUAGCAGAAACCUAUUAGGAGAGUUAAUGGAGACGUUAGUUCCACAUCCUGAAUUCAAGAUGUUGGGUCUUCGUAACAUACCUCAGAUGCCUGAAAACUCCCUCGCUUAUAGCACAUUCAGUUGGCCUGGACUCAUCAAACAUUUAAGGCAGAUGCUCAUUGCUAAUGCUAAAAUGGAGGAAGGUAUUGACUGGCAAGUACGACCGCCGGGUCCAGUCUCUUCCAUCCCCUCCAGUCAUUCCACAAAGAAGCCGCUGCAUUUCAAUACUUCCAUUGCCAACCUGGUUAUCCUGCGAGGAAAAGAUAUGCACAGUGUAGACUUAGAAAGAUUCCGAGAUCCCUCAUUAUAUACAUCAUGGCUAAACCCUCAGGAUGCUUUUAAUGCGUGGAAAACACCAAGAGCAUUUAACAAGUAUGAAAAGUCUGCUUCUUUGGUCAGCAAUAGCCAAAAAAAACCUCUUGACAAUGUUGCAGGAAAAGCUUGGAAUAUGUUUGCUUCCAAAGCCUAUAUUCACCAGUACACUAAAUUCGGAAUUGAAGAGGAAGAUUUCCUGGACAGCUUCACAGCUCUGGAACAAGUUAUCUCCAGUUACACCAUCCUUUGAAUUUUUUUUUUUUUUUAAAUGGUCU